AAUCACAAGACUAAUCAUAGACAAUAUUUUUAUCGUCUACUUCUGUCAUCAGGUGAUUGGGAUUGGGCCUGGGUAAAAAAUCCUCAAGGGAUAAACGUAAAUUAAUCCCUUAAAUCAAAAUGUCUGGAAAGGAUAAACUGGCGAUUUUCCCUUCUCGGGGUGCUCAAAUGUUGAUAAAGGGCCGUCUGGCUGGAGCAGUAAAAGGUCAUGGUCUAUUGAAGAAGAAGGCUGAUGCUUUACAAGUCAGAUUUCGUAUGAUCCUGAGUAAAAUUAUAGAGACUAAAACCCUUAUGGGUGAAGUAAUGAAAGAAGCUGCAUUCUCACUAGCAGAGGCAAAGUUCACAACAGGAGACUUCAACCAAGUGGUGCUGCAGAAUGUCACAAAGGCUCAGAUCAAAGUUCGGUCUAAAAAAGACAAUGUUGCUGGUGUCACUCUUCCCAUCUUUGAGUCAUACCAAGAUGGUUCUGACACAUAUGAGCUGGCGGGUCUCGCUCGUGGUGGCCAGCAGCUCGCCAAGCUGAAGAAAAACUUCCAGACAGCUGUUAAGCUGCUGGUGGAGCUUGCUUCACUGCAGACUUCAUUUAUCACUCUCGAUGAAGUUAUCAAGAUCACCAAUAGACGUGUCAAUGCUAUUGAGCAUGUAAUUAUUCCACGAUUGGAACGUACACUGGCCUAUAUUAUCUCCGAGUUGGAUGAGCUGGAACGUGAGGAGUUCUACCGGCUGAAAAAGAUCCAGGACAAGAAGAAGGUCAUCAAAGAUAAGGCUGAGGCGAAAAAAGCCGAACUUCUAGCGGCUGGCAAAGAAGUGCAGGGCAUCGCUAAUCUUCUAGACGAAGGGGAUGAGGACCUUCUCUUCUAAGUUUUUGCAUGCAGUAGAUAGAAAAGCGGCACUGCUGGCCGCCGGAGAAGAUCUCCGCGACUCCUCCAAUCUUCUCGACGACCAAGAGGACGACGUUCUGUUCUAAAUUCCACACUAACAGUCAAGUGAAACAUAAUUGCGUAGCACCCAUAUAUUGAACUUGUGUAUUAAGUUUUCACGCGAUACAUUUAUCAUACGAAUCUGCUAACUUUUUUAUUAAUAAAAAUGUUCAUGUCCUAUAUUUUCUCUAUUAUGUUCUGUCUCUUUUAAAUCAAUUGUCAGCUUCCAUAGACAAAGUAUAAACGAAUCUAUUAUUAGAAUCGUAAGCGCUAGCGAGCCCGUAAGAUAGAAUGAAAUGGCGACAUCCGCUAUCUUGUUCUUUCACAUGAGAACGCUAACCGAAACUAUUCUAUCGAUAGAUUCGUUUUGCCUUGUCUAAGGGGGCUUAUUAGAAAAAGACAAAACAUUUUAAUGACCAAAAUCAGGUUAUUAGACGGUUUUAUGAAUAACAAAGUUAGACUUCGUGGUAUAUAUAUCAAUACGUGGAUUAUUUCUAUGUCAACUUGGCUGUCCAAAUAAUAUUACAGUGUUCAAUUGCGUUGUAAAUAAUAUAUUGUUGUCAUAUUAACAUGUUUAUAGACUUCUUAUGAAGUGCAUUGAUAUUGCAUAAAGAUAUUUACGUGGACACGUAAUGUUCACGCUUGCUUAAGGUCGUAUGUAAGCAUUCCACCAUACGUGUGUUAUUCAAUAGACAGGUACUAAUAGAAGAAAUGUGGUGCCGGAGUUAGCUCUCCUGGUAUCAGUAAUAAGUACACCACUUAAGUAUUUAUGUUUUUGAAUUGUUGUUCGAUUAUUACAAUAUAUUUUAAGUGAACGAUCAUGUAAAUACAAUUUGUGAUGCAAAUUAGAAAAAAAAUAUUAUUAUUCUUAUUGAA